AUUGAACAAAAAGCAUCCGACAGACUGUGCGAGAGCUGACUAGGGCCUGCCUGCUUCUCUGUUUCCGGCGUGGUCGUUUCUGUUCCCGGCGUUUCCUCUUUCGAUUCGAUCCUAUACUAAACUAAUCUGAAACAUGGUAAGAGGUUUGAUCAAUAACCUCGUUGUUCGUUCUUUGUCCGUCGCCGGAAAAUGGCAGCAACAACAACUCCGCCGUCUUAACAUCCACGAGUAUCAGGGAGCUGAAUUAAUGGGUAAACAUGGGAUCAAUGUUCCAAAAGGUAUUGCUGCUGGUUCAAUUGAGGAAGUAAGAAAGGCGAUUCAGGAUACAUUUCCCAAUGAGAAAGAGUUGGUUGUUAAAAGUCAAAUUCUUGCUGGAGGUAGAGGCUUGGGAACUUUCAAAAGUGGCCUUCAAGGUGGAGUUCAUAUAGUUAAGGCAGACCAAGUUGAAGAUAUUGCUGGGAAGAUGCUCGGGCAAAUAUUAGUGACUAAACAAACUGGACCUCAGGGGAAAGUAGUGAGUCAGGUUUACUUAUGUGAGAAGUUGUCGCUGGUCAAUGAGAUGUACUUUGCUAUCACUUUAGAUCGCACAACUGCUGGCCCUCUUAUUAUAGCUUGUCGAAAGGGAGGAACGAGUAUUGAGGACCUUGCCGAGAAGUACCCUGAUAUGAUUAUUAAGGUUCCUAUUGAUGUUUUCAAGGGCAUUACAGAUGAAGAUGCUGCCAAGGUUGUAGACGGUUUGGCUCCCAAGGUGGCUGAUAGAGCCGAUUCAAUUGAACAAGUGAAGAAGUUAUAUCAGCUCUUCUGUUCUUGUGACUGCACUAUGUUGGAAAUAAAUCCUUUAGCAGAAACUUCAGAUAACAAGCUGGUGGCUGCUGAUGCUAAGCUGAACUUUGAUGAUAAUGCUGCUUACCGUCAAAAGGAGAUCUUUUCUCUGCGUGAUCCUACACAGGAAGAUCCUCGUGAGGUUGCAGCUGCAAAAGCAGAUUUGAAUUAUAUUGGCUUGGAUGGAGAGAUAGGCUGUAUGGUGAAUGGUGCUGGAUUGGCAAUGGCUACAAUGGAUAUUAUCAAAUUACAUGGUGGAACUCCUGCCAAUUUCCUUGACGUUGGAGGGAAUGCUUCUGAAGGCCAGGUUGUGGAGGCAUUUAAAAUCUUGACAUCUGAUGAUAAGGUGAAAGCAAUUCUGGUGAAUAUAUUUGGAGGAAUUAUGAAAUGUGAUGUGAUAGCAAGUGGAAUUGUAAAUGCCGCCAAACAGGUGCAAUUGAAAGUACCAGUCAUUGUCAGGCUUGAGGGCACUAAUGUUGAUCAAGGAAAGAGCAUUCUGAAGGAAAGCGGAAUGACUCUAAUUACAGCAGAAGACUUGGAUGAUGCAGCUGAGAAAGCAGUUAAAGCCUCCGCCAGUUAAAGAAACUUCAGCGACUUAAUUCAUUUUGUAUUGAAGAAUUCCUGGUUUCUUCCUGAUAUGAACAGAAAGAUGUGUUUUCAUCUUUGGUACUGAUAGUAGGAAAAUAAUUUCAAUUUUUGGAGAUUCCAUUUGAGGAUUUGCUCAUGGUUCUUCUGUUCCUUCCUUUUUGCCUUCCAUCUAUAAUAAUUUUCUUAUUGCUGUUGCU